CCAUCCUAUUGCCUAUAUUACCUACUUGGCCUACCUACUACUUAGUACCUACCUACUAAACUCAGUUGAUUCAUAAUAAUAUCAAGUCAAUGGAAGAAUGGAUGAAUAGAAUGCCCGCUGCAUAGUUCAAAGUGAUGUGCGAUACAUUGUGACAUUUGAGAGGUUGGUUAUUACAAACGUCGAAAACUUUGGGAUCAACAAAUUGAAUCUUGAAAACCAGGAACAAAUGCAAUACAGAUUUGUUUAAGCCCCUCGAGGGAAAUUAGAAAUGGUGGACUACUACAGAACACUCGGUGUUACGCGAACUGCCUCUGAGGCAGAAAUAAAAAAAGCUUACAGAAAACUUGCACUCAAAUGGCAUCCAGAUAAAAAUCCAGACAAUGCAGAUGAAGCGAAUAGAAGAUUUAAGGAAAUUUCAGAAGCAUAUGAAGUCCUUUCAGAUGAAACCAAGCGGAAAGUAUAUGAUGCACGUGGAUCCAGUCACCACAGUCACAGAUAUCAAAGCAAGAAUGGAGUCAAUGGUCACCGACACUUUAGCUUCAAGGGUUUUUUCGGAGACACGCCAUUUCAUCGGUUUUUUGAAAGAAAACGCCGGGUGUAUGAUCAGUAUGGUAAAGAAGGUCUGAAUAGCAGUAGAGGGCGGCGUUCUACCUCUGAUGAAGAUUAUGACUUUGGCUACCACAGUUUCCCGUUUACAUUCCGCGAUCCAGAGGAAGUCUUUAGAGAAUUCUUCGGCGGCUCUCCGUUUAGUGAAUUAUUUGCAGAUAUCAACGGCCACAGUCACCGCAGACAUGGGCGUAGAAGCCACCACCCGAGCACGUCGCUCACGUCCUCCCUCUUCAGCCCGUUCGGGUUCGGCAUGCAAGGGCUGGACGAUAUAUUCGCGCACGCGGCGUCCAACGGCAACACGUUCACGUCGUUCUCUACGUUCAACAGCUCGCUGGCCGGGCCCGGCAGCGCGAACAUGAGGAGCACCACUACGACCACGCGGAUCGUGAACGGGAAGAAGAUCACUACUAAGAAAGUAUCGGAGAAUGGACGGGAAACAGUGAUGUCCUACGAAAACGGGGUCCUGAAAUCAAAGACUGUCAAUGGCGUACCUCAAUCACUAACAUACAGUUAAAUUAAAAUGGUAACUCAUAACCAAACAUGAUCCAAAUGACAACUGUACUCAAUUUAAUACAUGAGUAACAUGUUCCAACUUAUUAUAAUUUUUGCUUAAUUUAGUUUAGUUUCUGAUAAUGUAAAUUUUAAUGUCAACCUUAACUGUAAGCUAGGUUUGCUUCUUUACGUUAAUUUCUCAUACUCUUACAAAAAUAUCAAAUCGACUUAUAGAUAAUAUUGUAUCUUGCUCAUAAGGUUGCAAUGUUUGCAGUUGGGUAACUUUGAUCUCGGUCUUUGAAAGAGAAACUACUAAUAUUUGUUCCAAUGCCACUGCAACAACAAUUAAUUUUUUUUUUAUUAAAACAAACUUUAAAAUUGUUUCAAAACAUGUGUGGUCAUUAUAUUUGGCUUAUUAAUUUCAUGUUAAAGAGACAUCAAAGUUAGAUAAUAUUAAUUUUUUUAUAUAACACAGCUUUUAGUUUUAAUAUUUCUUUCGUUUGUUGCUUCAAUUUUUCAUUAAAACAGCGAUAUUAAAAUAGAGGUAGUAUAAAUUUUACUUACAAAAUAUACCCUGUUGGGAAUAUUACUUAUGGCUAUUCGGACUACUGUGACUACUUAUUAUAAGUUUUUAGUAAAUUGUAUUGAGGUAUUACAAAUUAAGUCAUGUUUAUUGGAUGUUUUUGAUACAUUCAUUUCAUUACUUACACCAAGGUCGCAAGAAAUUUGGUGUUAUUCUAUUCAAUAUUUCAAAAAUUUACAAUGAUAACUUUGUGUGAGCUUUAAAGUUUUUGCAUUACAUGUGAUGAUAAGAUUUUACAAUGACGGGUUUUAAAUCUAAUUCACGAUAAAUUGCCGUUUAAAUAUUUUAGUAUGACUGUUUAGUUGUUUGCAUGUAGUAUAUUGCGAAUUUAUCCGUAUCAAUUUUUGGAGAAAA